AUGAAUACACGACCAGCUAUCGAGAGCUCAAACACUCCCGGAGCCCUGUCGGUCUCAUUCAACCAAGAUGCGAGUUGUUUUGCAGUGGGACUAGAGAAUGGCUUCUCUAUAUACCGAUCAGACCCAUGUAAACUUCAUGUGGUUCGAGGUAUGUUCUGUCAAGUAUCACUUACGAAGGAGAAGCUAAGUAUUGAAGACUUCAACGCUGGUAUUGCUACUGUUGGCAUGCUAGGAGCGACGAACUAUGUUGCAAUCGUUGGAGGAGGCAGAAAACCGAAAUAUGCCCAAAAUAAAGUAAUCAUCUGGGAUGAUAAGAAUCAGAAAGUAAGAUUUAUAUUGUCUGAGUUGGCGCCAGUCCGCGCAGUUCGCAUGUCAAAGACUCACAUUGUCGUUGUACUGCAAUCAUCUGUUCAGGUCUACAAAUUUGAAGCACCACCACAGUUGUGGGGCGAAUAUCCGACAGUAGAUAAUCCGCAUGGGAUUUGUUGUCUAGGAACAAAGCAUCUUGCUAUUCCAGCAAUCACUUCAGGUCAAGUCAGACUAAUAGAGCUAGCUACGAAGAACGUCAGUCUGGUUCCUGCACACACUUCUCCAUUAAGAGCUUUAGAUAUCAGCCGCGAUGGACAGAUUCUGGCUACUGCUAGUGAAACUGGCACUUUGAUACGAGUCUUUGCCAUACCCAGCUUUUCUAAGCUAGCGGAACUCCGAAGAGGAGUCGAUGCUGCAACUAUAUUUUCUUUAGCAAUUGCACCUGGUGGUCAAAUGCUUGCGGUUACAUCAGACAAGUCAACGCUUCACAUAUUUGACAUCCCUCAUCCUUCAAAGCCAGCCAGAGCAGUCGCCUCGCCAGUUGGAAAUCGAUCGACAGCUCAGACAGGUGGUGUAAGCCCGGUGACAAGUGAUGGCGAUACGAAUCAGAAAUGGGGGGUACUUGGACGGAUUCCACUGCUGCCAAAGUUCUUUUCCGAUACCUACUCCUUUACUUCAGCAAAUUUUGAGAUAGGCGAUGAAAGCUCAUCCCAGAGUUCAACGAAUCCGGGCACGCAGAGCGAAGCAGGAAUCAGACUGUGCAAAGGAACCAUAGGCUGGACCUCUGACGACUGUCUUAUCAUUGUAGGAGCAGGUAGAGAUGCGCGGUGGGAGAGGUUCGUUAUUGGGGAGAACCGUGAAGGAAAGCGGGAGUGCGAGAGACAAGGAUGGAAGAGAUAUCGAGGGACGACAUAA